AAAGAUGGCAGACUUUCGGGACGACAACGGAGCUCGAGCCCUACUGGCCUUGCAAUCUGCCCCUUGCAGCCCUGUUCGAGUCGGGGUGACCUCGGCCGCACACCCUCCCAAUUUCUCCUUCUCGGGCUCUUCGGUGCUGGGCCGGGGCUGCGGAAUGCCUACUCGCCUCGCGUCCCCGCCUCGGGCCCUGGCCAAGCUCGAAGGCCGGGACUUUGAGUUUGUCAUGCGGCAGCGAACGGUGACCGUAGGCCGUAACUCGUCGCACGGCUCCGUGGACAUCAACAUGGGUCACUCCAGCUUCAUCUCUCGGCGGCACCUCCAGAUCACCUUGGAGGAGCCGUGCGGGUUCUCGCUGCGCUGCCUCGGCAAGAACGGGGUGUUCGUGGACGGCGUGUUCCAGAGGAGAGGCGCGCCACCCAUGCAACUGCCCCGAGACUGUGUAUUCAGGUUCCCCAGUACAGUGAUAAAGAUCCAGUUCUCCUCUCUGUUGUCUGGAGAGGAGUUGAGAGAGGAGGAGCAGCAGUCUCCUCCGCCCCGCCUCUCCCUCCUCCCCCACAUCUCCCCCCUCAAGAUCAGCAUUCCCACAAUGCACCAUGAUGACCUGCGACACCUGGUCAGCCCGCUGCCCUCCCCGACAGGCACCCUCAGUGUUCCUAACUCGUGCCCGGCCAGUCCGAGGGGUGCGGGGUCAUCGGGUUAUCGCUACGGACGCAACGUGACCUCCGACCUCCAGCUGGCUGCAGAGUUCGCUGCAAAGGCUGUCUCCGAGCAACAGAGGGGCGUUGCCGAGCAACAGGGAGAGUCCGGCGGCGGAGACAGCCCCAGGGAUGAGUCUAAGCCUCCCUACUCCUACGCCCAGUUGAUAGUCCAGGCCAUCUCUUCAGCACCAGACAGACAGCUGACCCUCUCUGGAAUCUACACGCACAUCACCAGACACUACCCCUACUACCGUACCGCUGACAAGGGCUGGCAGAACUCCAUCCGCCACAACCUGUCCCUGAACCGUUACUUCCUGAAGGUGGCUCGGAGCCAGGAGGAGCCUGGGAAAGGUAGUUUCUGGCGCGUGGACUCGGCCUCAGAGGGUAAGCUGGUGGAGCAGGCCUUCAGGAAGAGACGGCAGAGGGGCGUGGCCUGCUUCCGCACGCCGUUCGGACCGCUCUCAUCCAGGAGUGCCCCAGCCUCCCCCACCCACCAGGGUCUCCUCUCCCCCCCCUCCAGCGGUGUCCAGACCCCAGAGUGUCUCUCUAGAGAGGGGUCUCCUCUGUCUCAUGACCACACCCACCACCACGACCUGGCUCAUAAACUGGCCUCCGUACCAGAGUACAGAUAUACACAGAGCGCCCCAGGUUCUCCAGUUCACGGCCAGCCUGUGAUCAUGGCUGCCCCGCCCCACCCCCUGCCCUCGGGGAUGGGUAAACCCCUAGCCUUGUUCGGUGGGGGACAGACCCUCCACAUGCUGCAGAGCCCCCCCAGUACCCUCACCAUGCUCCGUCUGGUCACCACGGCUACGGCCUCUCACCCCGCCAACGGGUACAUCCUCACCCCCGGGGGGGGACAGAGUCAUGGUAAUACCAGCGCUGGCCAGCAGGGAGCAGAGGGCACCGGCGAGCAUAGAGGUACGGCGAGACUGUGGCCCAAUCCCAAAUGGACCCCUAGACCCUAGACAAUCUGAGAGGAUUUCACAGGUGUUGGUGAUAUGGUAAUAUGGUGAUAUGGUGAUAUGGUAAUAUGGU